GCGAGGGAGCAGGUUAGCCCGAGUCGCCCUACUCUGCAGUUGUCUCGGAAGCGCAGGCUGCGCCGCCCGAGCCCUGCGCCCGGGAAGCACUGGCCGGCCAACCGCUCCCGGGGCCGGCUCCUCCAGUCGCUCGCCGGCAUGCAGCCCGGGAGCAGGCGGCGCGCCCCGGGCCGCUACUGAGUCCGCGGAGCUGCGGGGACCAGCUCCAGCCGGGCCCCUCCCACCUCGCCCAGGGGCCCACGAGCGACCGCCCCACACCUAGUCUUCGCGCUCAGCCCCGCCAGCGCCACCCCCCGCGGGCUGGAGGGGCUCAUGCAGCCGCCAAGGGAGAGGCUAGUGGUAACAGGCCGAGCUGGAUGGAUGGGUAUGGGGAGAGGGGCAGGACGUUCAGCCCUGGGAUUGUGGCCGACCCUCGCCUUCCUUCUCUGCAGCUUCCCCGCAGCCGUCACCCCCUGCAAGAUCCUGAAGUGCAACUCUGAGUUCUGGAGUGCCACGUCGGGCAGCCACGUCCCCGCCUCGGACGACGUACCGGAGUUCUGCGCGGCCCUGCGCACCUACGCCCUGUGCACGCGGCGCACAGCCCGCACCUGCCGAGGCGAUCUGGCUUACCACUCGGCUGUCCAUGGCAUAGAGGACCUCAUGAGCCAGCACAACUGCUCCAAGGACGGCCCCACCUCCCAGCCACGCCUGCGCACGCUCCCACCCGCUGGGGACAGCCAGGAGCGCUCGGAUAGCCCCGAGAUCUGCCACUAUGAGAAGAGUUUCCACAAGCACUCAGCUGCCCCCAACUACACUCACUGCGGCCUCUUCGGGGACCCGCACCUCAGGACUUUCACAGACCACUUCCAGACGUGCAAGGUGCAAGGCGCCUGGCCGCUCAUCGACAAUAAUUACCUGAACGUGCAAGUCACCAACACACCUGUGCUGCCCGGCUCUGCCGCCACCGCCACCAGUAAGCUCACUAUUAUCUUCAAGAACUUCCAAGAGUGUGUGGACCAGAAAGUGUACCAAGCGGAGAUGGAUGAACUUCCGUCCGCAUUUGCGGACGGCUCCAAGAAUGGCGGAGAUAAACAUGGGGCCAACAGCCUGAAGAUCACAGAGAAAGUGUCGGGCCAGCACGUGGAGAUCCAGGCCAAGUACAUCGGCACCACCAUCGUGGUACGCCAGGUGGGCCGCUACCUGACCUUUGCUGUCAGGAUGCCCGAGGAGGUGGUCAACGCCGUGGAGGACCGUGACAGCCAAGGCCUCUACCUCUGCCUGCGGGGCUGCCCGCUCAACCAGCAGAUCGACUUCCAGGCGUUCCGUGCCAACGCCGAGAGCCCUCGUAGGCCGGCAGCUGUCAGCCCCUCUCCUGUGGUCCCCGAGACAUUCCCGUAUGAGACAGCCGUGGCCAAGUGCAAGGAGAAGCUGCCCGUCGAAGACCUGUACUACCAGGCCUGUGUCUUCGACCUCCUCACAACUGGGGACGUGAACUUCACGCUGGCCGCCUACUAUGCCCUGGAGGAUGGCAAGGUGCUCCACUCCAACAAAGACAAGCUGCACCUGUUUGAAAGGACUCGGGAGCUGCCAGGGGCUGUGGCUGCCGCGGCGUCUCCCUUGGCCCCCCGGGGGCUCCUUGGCACCUUCACACUUCUGGCCCUGCUGCCCGUGUUGUGGUAGACAUUUGGCCACAGAGGAUGCAGAGGGAGCCUUGGGCUCUCGCCCCUGGCCUCUCCUUUGUCUGAGGGCCCGGAGUCAGCCACAGGAUGCAGGUGGGCUCCCUGGGACCCGGUGUUCUCUGCACCAUUCAGCAACAGAGGUGGCCUCUGGCUGAGGAUGGCCCGUACCGAGCCGUCCUCAAAUGUUUUGGCCGAGGCUCAGGGCCUGGGACAGCUCUCCUCUCUCUCUUAGUGCACGCGACAAGGUUGUGGUGAUUGGUGCUGUGUUUUUUGUGACGGUAGAGUUUUGUGAGAGGGAGAGCAGCUCCCUCCACCCCACCCCCACCGUGUGAAUGUGCAAACCAGAGCCC